AUGGUUAGGUCAGAUGAUGUGGUUACUGUAAUGGAGACAGGAGGGUACGUUAGCCUGGAGGAAACUAAAGAAUAUAAGUGUAUUGUAGAUCAGACUUUCACGAGGGAGGAAGAUUUCUAUGAGUUUUACAAUGAUUAUGCAUACCAUAAAGGGUUCAGUAUCAGAAAGGGCAGAGUUAGGUACAAGACAGGUACCCAAGAGGUGAUAUGGAGAAGACUCAUGUGCUCCUGUGAAGGAUAUAGAUCUGUUAAGUACUUUGAAAGGAUGGAUCAAAAAAGACAGCCACGUGCCCUCACCCGUUGUGGAUGCACAGCUAGGCUUGAUGUGGAGUGGAGUGAAAGUAUUGGCAUCUGGUAUGUGAAGGACUUUGUGGAUGUCCAUACACAUGCCCUUGCAAAACCAGAGCAUGUUUUUAUUUUGCAAUCUCAUCGAGGGCUUAAUGAUCCUCAGAAAGCAGAGGCAGUAGAGCUGGGACUAGGUGGGCUGCGUCCCUUUCAGAUCAUGGAUGUAAUGGAGGCCAGCCACGGUGGUCCAGGGGAGACUGGAUUUCUUUCGCAGGACUUGUACAAUUUCUUUUCAAGGUACAAGAAGGGAAAGGUUGAAGGAAGUGAUGUAGAAUUUGUGUUGAAUCAUAUGCGUUAG